GCGCUGCGGCUGCAGUCGGGGGGAGGCGGCGGCGGCGGCGGCUGCGGGCAGCGCGCGGGGCGCUGGGCACCGGGCGAUCGCCGUCGGGGCUCGAGCGGUGGGCAGUGGGCGCAGGCUCCCCGGUGCCCGCCCCUCCGCGGCGGGGGGUGGGGCGCAAGCGGGCGGCCGGGGAGGGGCCGGCACAGCCGCCGCAAGAUGAGCCUGCUGUCGGCCAUCGACACGAGCGCCGCCUCGGUGUACCAGCCAGCCCAGCUGCUCAACUGGGUCUACCUGUCGCUGCAGGACACGCACCAAGCGAGUGCCUUCGAUGCCUUCCGGCCCGAGCCGCCCGCCGGCGCCGCUCCCCCAGAGCUGGCCUUUGGCAAGGGCCGUCCGGAGCAGCUGGGCUCGCCCCUGCACUCCAGCUAUCUCAACAGCUUCUUCCAGCUGCAGCGCGGAGAGGCACUGAGCAGCAGUGUGUACAAGGGGGCCUCACCUUACGGCUCCCUCAACAACAUCGCAGACGGCCUCAGCUCCCUCACCGAGCACUUCUCCGACCUGACCCUCACGUCUGAGAGCCGCAAGCCUAGCAAGCGGCCCCCACCCAACUACCUGUGCCACCUGUGCUUCAACAAAGGCCACUACAUCAAGGACUGCCCCCAGGGAAGGAAUGCAGGCUCUGGGCCAGGGAUCCAGAUGUGCACCCCCCCAGACCCCACCUCUGCAGCAGCAUUUCCUCCUCAGCACGCUGUACGCUGCCUACUGCCCCCAACUUUGUGCCUCCAGGACGAGUCUGGGCAAAGGGACCAUGGCAUGUCUCCCUCAGGGUGGGGAUGGGGCCAGGAGAUUGAGGGUGUUCGGAGCAGCUACCGGCUCUCACCCAGUCUUUUCACCAUGACAGGGCAGGGCCACAGGGGGCACAUCCCACUCACAAGAUGACCCCUGACUCUGACAGAUAGGGCUUGGAAUCCUGGGGAGAGGGGCUUAAAGUUGUUUAAAUGCAGUACAAGAUUAUCAGUGAUUUUUUCUACUAUUUUUUCAUAUUUUCUAAUGUUUUUCUAAUGUGGUACUACUUUUAUUUUAUGUAUGUAAUGGAAAUGGAAUCCUGGAAACCCAGAAAGUCCAUGAAGUCUACCCUCCCAAUGCUGGAAGCCAAGGGUGGGGCUGGGCGGGGCUGGGUCUCAUCAGGACCACUGGGAGGCCGAGAUGUGCUUGUUGCUCAUUGCUCUUCUCAGAAGUGGCCAUGCCCUGCUUGAGGUCCUUGCUGCUUACCAAGUGGCUGGGCACAGCUGCAUCAUUGCUGCCGGGAGCUUGUUAGAGAAGCAGCAUCUCAGGCCUAGCCCUGACCUGUGUUUUAGUAAGAUCCCCGGUGAUUCGUGUACACCUGUGGUCUCAGCCUCCCCCAACCCCAGGCCCUGAACAGUGGGGGCUGACCCACUGCUGGCUGUCCUCCAGAUCCACACGCCGGUGGGCUCUGUGUGCCCCUCAAUGUACACAUGAAGCAAGGGGCCCUUAGCAGGAGGAGAUCUCAGCAGAGGGUAAGGCACCUACCCGCCAGGGGUUCUCUGUGUGGGACAAGGGGCAAAUGGACAGCUGAUGAUCUGGUUGGUCCUCAGAGAUGUGCCCAUGGCCCACCAGUCAGCAGCCCCUUGUACCCCUUCCCCAGCUGAGCCCCCAGCACAGGAGGCCUCAGCCCUCAGUCAUUCACUGCAAUUCACAGUUCACAAACUUCCCUGCAUCGCCUCCUGCCUGUGAAGUGGGCAGGGCAGGACUUAGCCCCAAAUUAGGAGGAGGCAGGCUCUGUGCUGCAUGCUGCCCACUCAUUGUUGCAUUAGAUGCUCACAACUACCCACUGUGUUCAGUGCUCUUAUUAGCCUCCUGUUACAUGAUGCUUUGCUUGAGUCAAGAACUCAUACAGGAUCAUGGAGGCAGUCAUUGGAGGGCUGGGGUUUUAACCCCGGCAGGGAGGUGACAACUCAGACACCAGUGGGUGUGCCAAUGCUGGGCUAGCAGCCUGGGAGAGCUUCCAGGUGAGGGAGGGCUUGAGUGGGACUCGCAGGCUGUUGGUAAAAGGGUGACCAGUACCCAAAGGCAACAGAUGGUGAGCCAGGGGUGGAGGGAUGACGAAGGCGUGUUUUAGAGUGUGUGUGCACACACUGUGCUCUCUCCAGACGGGGCCAGUGCUCUUCUCACUGUGGGGGCAGAGGGUCCCUGCCUCGGUGCCUCUCACCAGCACAGUGCUAACCCUGUUUCUUCCUUGGUAUGGAUUACACAGCGUGCUCACUCAUCUUGUGCAGGGCUGUUAACUAUGAUGGAAGCAGGAGUGACAGCCACAUUUUACAGUUAAAGACAGUCUCAGGUGCAGUGUGGAGGAGAGUGCAGAAUGUGUCUGAGAACCCCGGUCUUGGAACCUUAGCGCUCUGCUUCCUUUUACAUCCAUGCCAUGCCAGGCUCAGAUUUCUAUGGCCUAUUGAGCCUCAGUUUCCCCCUCGAGCUCGUAGAGGCCCUCUACUGACCACGUCUCAAAUCUGAUUCUAUUUGGGACUCCUGUAGGCCCACGGAUCUCCUUCCACCUUUCAUGAAAGUUUCAUCAUCUGUAAAACGAGGCUAAUGAGAACACUAACACAUAGGACUGUUGGAAGGAUUUGAUGAAGUAAUGCAUGGAAAAUGUUUAAUACAUGCCUGGCACCCCAUAAGUGCAUAAUAAUUGCUGGCUAGCAUUGUUUUUUUUCCCCUGGGUCACAAUGGAGAGUGCAUCUACCUGGAAAAGUACUAGUUAUUUUGUAAGACUGGAAUAUUAUAGAAUGCUCCCCAUCCCUCACCUGACCACAGGCUCCAGGGGCAUGUGCUGGGUUAGAUUCAUCUCUGUAUCUUCAUGCCAGCCCAAGAUAUGGCACGCAGCAUGUGCUCAGUACAAGUUUUCCUGAAUGAAGGAACAUGGAAACCUUUGUUUCAAAUGAAAUAUUAUGUAAGAGCUUGGCAUAUAUAUUUAAAAGUGGAAUGCUUCUUUUGCUAACAGCUUUAAUGAGACAAUUCACAUACCAUAUAAUUUACCCAUUUGAAGUGUACAAGUCAGUGAUUUUUAGUAUAUUUACAGAGCCAUUCAACUGUCAGCACAAUCAAUUACAGACAUUUUUGUCACCUCAAAAAGAAGCCUCAUACUCUUUAGCUAUGACCGCUAAUCCCCAACCCCUAAGGAUUGUCAGCCCCAAUUAGAUUGUCAAACACUAAUCUACUUCCUGUCUCUAAAGAUUUGCUUAUUCUGUGCAUUCUAUAUAAAUAGAAUCAUAUAAUAUGUGGUCACUGGAUUAUUUUGCUUAGCAUAUUGUUUUCAAUGUUCAUCGUUGUAGUAGCAUUUAUCAGUUCCAUGAUUUGGGAAGUGUUCCAUCCUGUUCAAUUUUCUAGAAUAGUUUGUGAGUAUUUAAUAUUAAUCUUUUAAAUGUUUGGUAGAAUUCACCUGUGAAGCCAUCAGAGCUUGAUCAUUCUUUUGCAGGUAGAUUUUUUUAAAUCACUAAUUCAAUCUAUUUGUUAUAUAGGUCCAUUCACAUUUUCUAUUUUUUCUUGAGUCAGUUCCUAUAGUUGUAUAUUUCCAGAAUUUGCCUAUUUUAUUUAAAGUUAUCUUAUUUAUUGGCAUACAGUUGUUCUUAAUAUUCUCUUAUAAUCCUUUUUAUUUCUGUAAGGUCUGUAAUAAUGUCACCCUCUUUCAUUUCAGAUUCAUGUAAUUUGAGCUCUUUUUUUUUUCUUGGUUACUCAGAUAAAGUUUUGUCAAUUUUGUUCAGUUUUUCAAAGAACCAACUUUUGGUUUAGUUGAUUUCCUGUAUUUUCUAUUCCCUACUUCAUUACUUUCCACUCUAAUCUUUCUAAAAAUUAGUGGUAAAAUUCAUAUGAUGUAAAAUUUACCACCUUGGUCAUUUUUAAGUGUACAGUUCAGUGGCAUUAAGUACAUUCACACUGUUGUGCAACCAUCACCACCAUCCAUCCACAGAACUCUCUUUAUAUCUUGCAAAACUGAAACUCUGUACCCAUUAAGCAAUAACUCCCUGUUUUUCCCACCCCCAACCCCUGGCAGCCACCAUUCUACUUUCUGUCUCUAUGAAUCUGACGACUCUAGGUACCUCAUGUAAGUGAAAUCAUACAGUAUUUAUCCCUCUGUGACUGGCUUAUUUCAGUUAGCAUAAUGACCUCAGAGUUCAUCCAUGUUUUAGCAUGUAUCAGAAUUACCUUCCUUUUUAAAGGCUGAAUAAUAGUCCAUCGUGUCUGUGUGCAUCUGUAUGUGUAUAUAUGCAUCACAUUUUGUUUAUCUAUUUAUCCAUCAGUGGUCAACUGGAUUGCUUCCACUUUUUGGUUUUUGUGAAUAAUGCUGCUGUGAACAUGGGUAAACAGAUAUCUCUUUGGGUCCUUGCUUUCAAUUUCUCACUCUAAUCUUUAUUACUUCUUCCUCCAUCUUACUUCAGGUUUAGUUUGCUCUUCUUUUUCCAGCUUCUUGAGGUGGAAAGUUAAGUUACUGAUUUUACAUCUUUCUUUUCUUUUUUAUGUAGAUGUUACACCUGUAAUUUUUCCUCUGAGCUGCAUCCCUUAAGUUUUGGUAUGUUAUUUCUUCAUUUUCAUUUAUCACAGAGUACUUUCAAAUUUCCCUCAUGAUAUCUUCUUUAACCCACUGGUUAUGUAGGAGUGUGUUGAUUAAUAUCCACCUAUCUAUGAGUUUCCCAAAUAUAUCUUUUAAAUGAUUUCUAAUUUUAUUUCAUUGUGGUCAGAGAAUAUACUUUGUGUUAUUUCAAUGCUUCUAAAUUUAUUGUAUUUUUCUUCAUAGCCUAGCAUUUGGGCUAUCCUGGAGAACAGUUCAUAUGCUCUUGAGAAGAAGAUAUUCUACUGUUGUGGUGGAAUGUUCUAUAGAUGUCUGUUAGGUCUAGUUGAAUUAUAAUGUCUGUGUCUUCUGUUUCUAUUAAUGUUCCCCUAGUUCUUCUAUCCAAUAUAAAAGUAAGGGUAUUGAAAUAUCUAUUAUUGUUGAAUUGGCCAUUUUUUAGUUUAAUUCGGUCAGUUUUUGCAGGAUGUAUUUUGGUGUUCUGUUAUUAGCUGCACCUGUGUUUACAGUUGCUGUAUUUUCCCCAUGGAUUGAUCCAUUUACCAUUAUAAAAUGUCCCUCUUUAUCUCCAGUACCAUUUUUGUUUUAAAAUCUGUUUUAUCUGAUAUUACUGUAGCCAGCUUUCUUAUGGUUACUGUUUGUAUGAUAGAUCUUUUUCCAUCCUUUUACUUUCAAUCUAUUAAUAUCUUUGGAUCUAAAGUUUAUCUCCUGUAGACAGCAUAUAGUCUGGAUCUUGGAUCUUGGUUUACUUUUUAUCUAGUCUGAAAAUUCCUGCCUUUUGUUUAGAUGGUUUAGCUUAUUUGCAUAUUGAUAAUGCUAUUAUUAAUGCUUUUUCCUACAUGCUAUUAUUGAUAUAGUUGGAUUUAGGUCUGCCAUUCUACUUCUUGUUUUCUAAAUUACUCAUAUCUUCUUAUGUUCUUCUGUUCCUCCUUUAUUGCCUUCUUUCAUACUGUGAUAAUUUUCUAAUAUAAUGUUUUAACUUCUUUAAUGCCUUUUUUCACCAUUUUUUAGCUAUUUCCUUAGUGGCUGCCCUAGGGCUUAUUUUAUACAUCUUAACUCAUCAGAAUCUGCUUCAGAUUUAUACUAACUUAAUUCCAAUGAGAUACAGAAAUGUUACUCCUUUAUAGCUCUAUUCUCUUUUCCCUUUUUUGUGGCAUUAUGGUCAUUUAUAUUAUAUCUAUAAUUCAACAAACAGUAACCAUAAGAAAGUUGGCUAUGCUAAUAUCAGAUAAAGCAGAUUUUAAAACAUAUAAUUUUAUAUGUUUUAGAGAAGCUGAAAGAAGAAAGGAGAGCAAUUUUAUAUCUAUAGCUUUUUCAUAUUAGCUUUCUUAAUUCCCAUUUUCAGUUCUCUUCAUUUGUUCCUGUGGAUUCAAGUUACCACCUAGAAUCAUUUCCUAACCCAAGACAGAUUUGCUCCCCCACCAUCUCCUGUGUGCUGUUAUAUAUUAUAGCACAAAUAAUACAAUUAUACACAUACUGUUUUAUACAAUUGCUUUUAAAACCAGCUAAGAGUAGAAAGGAAAAGAAAUAUGCACUUACACUCUUUUACAGUUACAUAAUCACUUUAUCAGGGCUCCUUGUUUUUUCAUGUGGAUGUGUACUAUUGUCUGGGUUCACUUGCUUUUAGCCUAAAGAACUUCCUUUAGUAAUUCUUCAAAGGUUGGUGAGCUAGAAAUGAAUUCCGUUUAUCUGGGAAUGUCUUUAUCUCACUUUCAGUUUUUAGAGAUAGCUUUGCUGGGUAUAAAAUUCUUGGCUGACAGUCCACCCCCACCACCACCACCAUUUUGAGCACAUUUAAUAUGUUAUCCCACUGUCGUCUGGCCUCCAUUAUUUGUGAUGAGAAGUCAAUCGUUAAUAUUAUUGGAAUUUCAUUGUAAGUAACAUAUCAUUUUUCUCUUGCCAGUUUCAAGAUUUUCUCCUUGUUAUAGCUUUCAGCAGUUUUGCUAUGAUGUAUUCAUUUGUGGAGCUUUCAUUUUGUGUUACUUGGACUCUGUUGAGCUGCUUGGCUGCAUUGAUUAAAGUUUUUCAUAAAUUUGGGAA